CUGGCCUCCCAAUCCAGUACAGUAGGUGGCGAUGUAUACGCAUUGAAAGUUGAAUGCGAUCCGCCAACCCAAUCCCAAAGAAGACGGGCCGUCGUGUGUGAGGAAGUUACUUGGUUCCACUACAGCCAAGAUGAGCGCAUUUAACAGCUUUUUGCUGAAGAUUUCAGGCGAACUUGUUGGUGAUCAAUUGGAGAAAAUGAAGUUCCUUUGUAUUAACGAAAUAGGGAAAAGUCGCCUCGAGAAGAUGACCAGUGGUUUACAACUUUUCACGGGUUUAAUGGAAAGAAAUAAACUUGGACCUGACAACACGGUAUUUCUAGUUUCGCUUUUGAAAGACAUUGGUCGCCUAGAUCUUGCAGACAACAUUACCAACUGUGAAAGUCAAUAUGCUGGAUCACCGAAUGAUCUUCCUAACGAUGAGGAGCAAGCAAAGCUUGACAUUGCAACCAAAGUGAUCACUGACAACCUUGGAAGGAGGUGGCGAGCAUAUGGCCGUAAACUUGGCCUGCCAGAGGCCAAACUGGAUCAUAUCGCACAGAAGCACCCUAAUGACCUGGAGGAGCAAGUGGUGGAGCUUUUGAAGGAAUGGCGGAAAAUGCAGAAAUCUGAGGCCAAAACAGACACUUUGAUUAAGGCCCUUCGCUCCUGUGAUCAGAACUACACUGCUGAUCUGAUACAGACAGAACUUGAAAAACUUAAAGCCAAUGGUAGACAUUGAAAGUGUGACAAACAUUCAUCUCUUCUCAGGCCUCUUAUUUUGUUAUUUACUCAAUGGAUUAUUUAUUCAUUGCUUUCCCAGUGAUGUUGGUACUUUUAUAAGAUUCAGUAAAUCACCACAAUUUGUUUGCAAUAUUGGUAUACCAGUAUUCUCAUGGACCAGUAUAGUUUUAUACAGAGUUGCCAAGUGCACUCUGGGUACAUACAUUCCUGCUACGUACUGUAAGGGAAUUUGGGAGAAACUUGAUUGAACUAUGGAUAUUAUGAAAUUGUAUAGAUAAUGUGCAUUCAAAUGUGAUAUUGAUGUAUCCACUGUUGAGAUUAGUAAAAUUUUGUUGAAAGAAGUCUUUCCCUCAAGCUGGUAAAAAAUAAUUGUCUACUUAUGUAAUACUUGUUUAAAGCAUUAGAAUACUUAUAUUUGGAGAACUGUAUUGAAAGGAAGGAUCAAUACAGAUUAAGCUUUUGAUUUCAGUUGA